AUGUUUAGUGCUGUUGCUCGGAGAGCAGUGACUCAAUCCGCUCAAUGUGCGGCCCGUCGCUCCUUGACCACGUCAAUUCGUUCUUUCCAGGAUCUCAACACGAGACCAGGGUCCCCAGUCACUUCGCAACCAGUUAAAGCAAACGCCAACCCACAGGCAACGCUGCCUCUGGUAAAGGAGGAGGUCAAGCGUAUUAAUGAAAACCCUGAAGACCCUACCAAGAAGAAGAAGAAGUUCUCAUUCACAGGAUUCUUGUUCAAGACCCUCUUGUUUACGUCUGUGGUUUAUGGUGCUACUUUGUACGUUGCGACUAAGAACGACAAGGUGAUGGACUUUGUUAUUGAUCAGAACUUGCCUUACUCGGAAGAGUUGAUCGAAUUAAUCGAGACUGGCUCUAUUGAAGAAUUGCAGAAGUCCUUGGGUCGCCUUCCACAGAACAUCAAGCUUCCAUCAAAGGACCAAAUCGACCAGCUCACAUCUAAGAUCGAGAAGGGCGGUGAAACUUUGAUCAAGGAGACCAAGAGCAAAUUCUCCAAGUCAAACAAGACUGGAUACACAACCCCUGAGGAACAAUUGCAGAAGCCGGUGGAAAUUGAGUCCGCUGGUGACGUGAUAGAAAAGUUGCCUAUGAUUAAGUUGAAGGACGGUCUUUCUGACUUUGCCGAUGACACUGUUACAGGCACCAUCAAGUCUUUCAACGACUUGAUUGCAUUGGUGGAUGCUUCCAACUUGGGUCCUCAGAAAGAUGGCCUCAUCAAGAACAUUAACGAAAAUGUCCACGCUUUGACUUCUAAGCUUGUGAAGUUGAGCACCUCUUUAGAAGAAGAACUUCAAAAGAAGUUGAAGACCACCCAAACUGAAUUGCUUUCCGACUACACUCAAAAGGAGUUGGAAUUGACGCAGAACUUGUUAGACCAAUUCAACCAUGAAAAGAGUAAUUUGGAGAAGAAGUACAAGGCUAGAGUGACUGAAGAGGUUGAAGCCGCUAAAGCCGCUAUUACCCAGGCUGCUGUCAAUGCUACUACCAUGGUCAGAGUUGAGCAAACAAAGAGAUUCCAGCACAUGGUCAAGCAAAAGAUUGACGAGGAGAGAGAUGGCAGAUUAAGAAACUUGGAUGCAUUGAACCAAAGAUUGGAAGAACUCGAGAAGUAUGCACAAGCUUUAGAGGAGCAAGCAGUUGCCGCUAACAACAGAGGCGUUAUCCAGCUGUCUUUGACCAAGUUGAAGUCUUUGAUUUUUGCUACUGAGGCAAACACCCCAGCCAAAUUCUUGACUCCAUACGUUAACAAGAUUGAUGAAGUCACAUCUAAGAGCCAAGAUGAAGUGUUCAGCCUAGCUUUGAAGGAAUUGCAGCCUUUGCUUGCCCAGGAAUCUAACCAGUCCAUCUUGUCCGUUCCACAAUUGUUGACAGCUUGGGAGGAGCUUACGCCUGAGUUGAGAUCGGCUUCUUUGUUGCCUCCUAACGCUGGUUUGUUGGGACAUGUCGCUUCGGUCAUCUUCUCAAAGUUCUUGUUGCCCGUGAAAGGUAACAAACCAGAUGGCAAAGAUAUCGAAUCCGUCAUUGCCAGAGUAAACCUGAGCUUGGUUAGAGGACAGUUGGAUGUAGCUGUUGAAGAGGUUGCCAACUUAAAGGGUUGGAGUAGAAAAUUGGCUGACGACUGGGUUAAGGAGGCCAGAGUUAGAUUGGAGGCCGAAUUCUUGAUUGGCUUGAUAGAUGCCGAGUCAAAGAUUGUGUAA